AUGCUGGCUCAUGAACAAAUGGUGCACGAAUUUCUCCAAGAACUUCAAACUCGACAGGAUGGUUCUCUCAGCAUCCCAAACUAUCUUCCACCGAAAAUGAAAGAGCUACUGGCUGAGCUAGCUAUGGUUGAAAAGGAGAUAGCACGAUUGGAAAGCCAAAUCAGCCAGCUUCAGUCCGAGGUGAAAAAUGAAAGGGAAACAAAUUCCAUGCAGCGGCAGCAGCAUGAAACUCCAAAAAAUAGCAGUGGAAACACGAGCAGACGUCGUUCCAAUGAGAAAACCAUGUUUCAGGCUAAGGGGCUACAUUUUAUUAGCAAGGCUAUAAACGGAGAUUAUAAUCUCAGCGACUUCAGAAAAAAUGAGAAAGGGACAAAUCCAAAAGGAUUAUCCGAUCACAAGGAAAAUAAUUUUCUCGACGAAAUUGGAAUAUUAUGUGACAAGGUUUCCAAGAGAAGUGAGAUGCUUAAACCUGCCUCGCCAUUUCGAAACAUAAGGCAUCCAACUCCAACCCCCAGGAGAGACCGAAACCUCGACAUCCCUUCAGACAUCCUACAAAAUGUCAUGUCUACUCCAAUCCAUUCAGAAGAACAAAGCAUUCACAAGUGGCCACCUAACAAGUUAUCUGAGAACAUCAUGAAGUGUUUGAUCUUAAUUUUCGUAAGGCUACUUCGAACAUCAAGAACAAUGGAAUUAGAGAAAUCAGGGCCGAUAACCCGGUCUACAAACUUUUCUCAAAGUUUUCGUUCUGAGACUAGCUUAAAUUUGAAAACAAGCCUCGUGUUUCAGAAAGACUCAAGACAGCAAGAUCCCUAUGGCGUUUUUGAUUCUAAAGAAUCUAUAACAAGGGAUAUUGGGCCGUAUAAAAACUUGGUUAGAUUCACAUCAAGCUGUAUGGAUCCCAAAUGCAUUCAAGAUUCGAGCUCAGUUCCUUUAUUUCAGAAGUUAAAGGGGUUGAUGAAUGGUCUUCAGAAGGUAGACUUAAGAUUCUUGAGUCAUCAACAAAAGCUGGCUUUCUGGAUCAACAUGUACAAUGCUUCUGUCAUGCAUGGAUUUCUUCAGUAUGGGAUUCCCAGCAGUUCUACACCUGAGAAUCUGCUAAAACUUAUCAACAAGUUUGGUACUGGUUUUAAGACAAUACUUGUUACUAGGCCCCCUGAGGUGCAGUCCGACGGAUCGAUGUUUUGA